AUGAGUGUAAAUGGGCUUAUGUUCUUGAAAGUGGUAAAUUGUGAAGGUGAAAUCAAAGAUAAAUUUUUCAUCUCCGAGUUGAUCAAGGAGACCAUUCAAGAGGUUCGACCCGAUAAUGUGGUCCAAGUUAUUACCGAUAAUGCUCCUGUUUGUAGGAGUGCGGGAUUGCUUGUUGAAGUCCAAUUUCCAAAAGUAUUUUGGACUCCUUGUGUGGUUCAUACCCUCAACCUUGCUUUGAAAAAUAUUUGUGCGGCUAAAAAUACCGAUGCCAAUGAAGUUGUUUUUCUAGAAUGCCAUUGGAUUACAACUAUUAUCGAUGAUUGUAUGUUUAUUAAAAAUUUUAUAAUGAAUCAUUCCAUGAGAUUGGCAAUGUUUCAUGAAAAUGCGAAAUUAACCAUGUUUUCUAUUGCGGAGACACGUUUUGCUUCAAUGAUUGUGAUGCUAAGAAGAUUUAAACAAAUAAAACGUGGUCUCCAAGACAUGGUCAUGAGUGAUUUUUGGGCAUCUUAUAGGGAAGAUAAUGUUAAAAGGGCCUUAACUGUCAAGACAAAAAUAGUAAGUGAUGAUUGGUGGCGAGAUAUUGAUUACAUAAUUAACUUUACUGAGCCAAUCUAUGAUAUGCUUAGGAGGGCCGAUACGGAUGUUCCUUGUCUUCACUUGGUGUUUUACAGCACACAAUGGCUUCAAAAGGCUCCCAAUCGUGUUCCUCCACAUAGAGAUCAAGAGAUUUCAAGUUUAAGAGAAAAAUGCUUCCAAAGGUACUUUACUAAUGAUGUGGAGAGAAGGAAGGUUAAAGAAGAGUAUGCUUGUUUUUCGGCGGGUUUUAGAGAGUUUGGAUCGGUUGAUUCCUUGAAGGAUAGAGGACUUAUGGAGCCGGCAAUUUGGUGGGUUUCUUAUGAAGCUUCAACACCCCUAAUCCAAUCUUUGGCUUUGAAGGUACUUGGACAUCCUUGUUCCUUCUCAUGUUGUGAGAGGAAUUGGAGAACAUAUUCUUUCAUCCAAUCUUUGAAGAGGAACAAGAUAGCACCACAAAGAGCUGAAGAUUUGGUAUUUGUGCAUUCCAAUCUUCGUCUUCUAUCAAGGAGAACUCCACAAUAUAAUGUGGGUGAAACUAAGAUGUGGGAUGUUGGGAGAGAUGCAUUUGAUUCCUUAGAAGGUAGUAGAAUACUUGAGAUUGCAAAUCUUUCACUUGAUGAACCGGACUUGGAGGCCAUGAUAUUUACCGAUGAGGGAGAUGGAAAUGACGAUGAGUUUCUAGAAGAUCCAACUCAAUGA